AUGGCAAUCAAUCCUAGUUCGCAAGGACAUCGUUGGUUCAUCGUCUAUACCAAUAAGACCACCACAGACCUCGGUAGCUUUCAGAUCGUCAACUACGUCGAUGGGGGCAGUCUCUUGUAUUUUUCGAGGACCUGCAGGGAUCUCUGGAACCUCCUAAGAAGAUGGUCAGACGCGUGGAGACGUACACUCCCUGAUCAUGAGCAUUUCGCUCCUUUCCCUGGUGCCCACCUUCGAACGCCCCGCACUCUUGCUAUUCUUCUUUUUACGUCAGAGUGUCUUAUGUGUGGACACGAGACGAGCAACGAGAUUGUGGGCAAAUUGGCUGUGCGGUUGUGUAAUGAUUGUUCGGCUCAGCACCUCGUUGAAACCUGGACUUAUGCGGGCUGGCAGAACGGGCCAUACCCAAUCCCCGACCUGGUCUUUUUGCCAGAUUCUGGGCUUGUAUUGCCUGCCCCCGACACGAUGCUAGCAUAUCCAGAAGGAAUCAAGUCCCGUGAUCCCACUGAAUUCCACUUCGACCAGAGAUACGAACGGUCGGGAGACCCAGAGUCCGAGGUAAUGAUCGCUACUGGGGUCGAGAUUGCCGGUAAGCUAACCCCUUCCCCAUGA